AUGACGGCCCUUGGUCUUGACUUCGUGGUUCCGCGCCAUGCAGUGGGCAAGCCAUCUGCUUCGUCCCAUGCCACAGUGGAUGCACGAAUACAGAGUGCAAACUUUACAAGAGGCUCCACGGCCAUGUAUGGUGUUGCAGUCCUGGCUACUGCAGCAGCUGGACUCAUAGCCCGUGCCAAGCGCUCCAGAAUUGCCGCACGGGCGCAGCCGUCGCACGGCAGAAAGUUCGAGUACUCCAUGCAGAAGGAUUCACAUGCCGAUUACGAGUUCAUCAAUGAG